AUGAUUUUUCCACUCGAACCCAAUACAGAGAGAAUAACAACAAACCCUAACAGGAAUAUUGAAAACAAUGAAGACAGACUCUCUGAUUUACCAGAUUCCAUUCUCCAUCACAUUCUCUCCUUAUUAGACACCAAACAAGCUUUUCAAACUUCCAUACUCUCCACUAGAUGGAAGAAUCUCCCAAAACAUCUCUCAACCCUUAGAUUAAGUUCCACAGUCUUUUACUCUUUUGACAGUUUCAUGAAAUCAGUCUCUCGGAUUUUAUCUCAUCGCGAUGAUUUAACUUCUCUCCACACUCUAGAUCUUUAUAACCGCCACACACAUUAUUUCGAUUUCGUGGACCCUGACAUAUUCAAAAGCAUUGUGAACUGCGCUGAACCCUUCUCCGCCUUGAGCAAGUUGAAUACUUUGAUCAUUCGACAAUUUAGAGUUCUGGAUGCACAAACUCUUUGCAUAUCAAAUACAACCCUUGUAAACUUUACUAUGGAAACAUAUUAUGAUUAUAAGGACAUACGCAAACUCGAGUUAUUUACUCCGAGUCUUACUAACUUUUCUUUUACUGGUACUCCAAAUCUAAUACUAAGUGUGAGCCAUCCUUGUUCUAUUACACACUUAUAUGUUAAUGCAGAAGACAUCGUCGGCUUCGUCAAAGAGGAUUCUGCAGUCCUACUCAGCUGGCUGCUAGAGCUUGCCAAUAUAAAAUCAUUGACAGUCUCUUCUAAUACUCUUCAGGUUAAACUAACUUCCUUGUGUAACUUGGAGUCACUACAAGUAGAAAUGAAACCGCUUACACCUGGAUUAUACAAGAUACUGAGUUUUCGCAAGUUCAAGAAAACACGUGCCGGAAUUCGUUUGAAGAAAGAUAAAUUCAUACCUUAUGGAGUAGUGGAAUUUUUGCUUCAAAACUCACCGUUAGCAAAGAUUAACAUUAUAGAUAAUGAUGAUUAA